CUAUCGAGUACAAUUUGAAAACAUAAAAAUGGCAUCAUCUAUGAACAGAAGGCGAACGCUGUAUUUUCUAGGCUUUUUAGCUGUGCUGUCUUUGGCAAUAUUCCUCCGUCCUCGAAACCCUAACUGGCCUAAAUGGACUAAUCGUCAAGGGAGUGGCGGUGAUGGAAACGAACCCGAGAAGUCCAUCGGUAUUGAACUGGGCGAUGAUUAUUCCCGAGUUGGCGUUAUACUGAACGAUACAUUCCAUUUGAUUCCAGACGAGCAUGGCCGUACUGCAAUACCUUCAUAUGUCGCAUUCACAGAGAGUGGAACAUUGGUAGGCUUCGAGGCAAAGGAGCAGGCGGCUAAAAAUCCCAAAAAUACAAUUUUUGACUUCCGCGACUUACUCGGACGGAAGUUCUCGGACCCGGAAGUUCAAAACAACUUGAAAUUCUUACCAUACGACGUUAUUGACAACGAGGGCAAGCCCGGAAUUCGAAUACCCAAUAGUGAUGGAUCAGUACAUCUCACGACAGCAGAAGAUAUCGCAUCCAUCAUACUGGGCCAGUUAAAAGCCAAUGCAGAGAACUUCUUAGGAAAAACUAUAUCGAAUGUUGUUGUAUCAGCCCCUGUUCAUUCCUACACCGACCGUACGCAGGUAGAGGGUAUCAAAGAGGCUGCUAUGGCCGCCGGAUUCACAAAUGUCGAUCGUGUCGGACAGGAGCCAGUGUAUGCUGGAAUAGGGUAUAAAAUGGACGCUCCAGGUGGUUGCGGACGCUCUGAUGAGUGUUACGCUAUCUUGUACCAUGUUGGAGAAAGGCAUUCCACUGUCUCUGUUGAACUAAUUGACGACGGGAUAUUCGAAAUCUUAGAAUACGUUAGAGAAAGACACGCUGGAUCGCACGAUCUAAAGAGCUUUCCAAGUCAUGAACCCGACCCUACAUGCACGACACUACAGUGUCAGCAACAUGGAUAUGAACCCCGGGAGAAAAUUUUUGGGAGAGUACAAAAGGUCCUGAAGGAUGCGAAGAUCAUUGAAUCCCAAGUCGAUGCAAUUGUUUUGGUGGGGAAUGAUUCGCAAGCGGACUGGAUCAAAUCAGUCCUAGGCGAGACUUACCCUUCAAGCAAAUUCAUUAACGCGAGUUCAAUUACUCCCGAAACAGCCAUUGUCCAUGGAGCAGCCAUCAUUGCCAAUGUCAUUUCUAAUGAUGAUAACCUAUGCACUCUUAGUUUCCCGAUGCUUCAAUUAUCUAUCGGGAUUGAAACGGAGUACGGCCAGUUCGAGGUAAUGAUGCCUACAUAUCAGGUUCUACCAAGUCGGAGGGAAAAGGUUUUCGAGAUUGAUGUGGCGGAUGAUCAAGAAUAUAUUACGGUAGAUGUGUAUGAAGGUCAGAGAAUGAUGGCGCAGAGCAACAACUACCUCGGGUCUAUGAAAUUACACAUCGGAAGAGCAGCGAAAGGUAAAAUGGAAAUCGAGGUGUCAACGAGUGUGGAUGUUAAUGGAAAACUGGAGGUUCAAGUAAAAGAAAGGAAUCCAGAACACAGGUUGGCUGUCGAGAAACUGUUUGACAGAUAUAACUCUGAAGAACUUGACUCAAUCUAUAAGGAGGCAGAGAUAUAUUAUGAGGAAGACCUAGAAACUAUACAGAAAAACCGCAAGGAAGCGAAACGAAACGGGCUUCGACUUGUUCCCUUGGAACCUAUCAAUAGCUAAACAAGCACCUACAGGAAACAAAAUAUGAAAAGUGAUGACCGAAAUUUCUUAAAUUCAACUUUUCCCUUUAGUAUUAUUAUCAUCAAAUUUGACUCAGUCUCCCCAUUCAAUUAAAAGCGGUCCUUUUUUUUCGU